ACGUUCUCUGUGUAAACUGCCGCAAAAAGCGUAAAAAAAGAAAGAGAAAAAGAAAAAUUGUCGGAAAUAGGAGACAUUAAACAAAAGCGUGUAAUUUGUUUAGAAAUUUGGACAUAUUUUUGUUUAGAAAAUUUACAAUUCAGUAAUAUCUUUUGAAGCGCAAUGGGCAAAGAAAAGAAGCAAUUUAGUAUUGGAGAUUUAGUAUUUGCUAAAGUUAAAGGUUAUCCGGCUUGGCCAGCAAAAAUAACUAAGUAUAACAAUAAGAAGUAUAGCGUGUACUUUUAUGGAACCGGGGAGACAGCAAAUAUCAAAGUAGAAGAUCUUUUCCAGUAUGCUGAAAGUAAAGAAAAAUUCGCUACGGAUAAAAAUCUUAAGCGCUCCAAUUUUCGUGAGGCUAUUGAACAAAUAGAAGCAGCAUUGAAUGGUGAAGACUCCGCCCCCAUCGAUUUGCCUGAAGCUGCUUUGGCGGUGGACGAAACGUUGGAUGAUGGAGCUGAAGGAUUUGCGGACGUCGCUGGUGAUGAGUCACAUAUUAAUGAAAGUGGAAUACAGGAUGCUACCAACAAAGCUAAUGAAUAUAUGGUUGAUGAAUCGAAACCAAUUAAAACAAGGGAAGAAAAACAAGUACCAGUUGUAACAUCUACGACGGACAAUAUGGAGUUGGUUAGUCGAAGUGGGCGCAAAAUCAAAACCAAACGGUACAUUGAUGAAGUACAUGAAGGACCAAAUCUAUCCCAUUCACCGCCUUCGAAAAAGAAAGUGCCAGCUGAAGGUGUUGGCGUAGAUACGAAAAAAACGAGUAAGAAGUCUAGCAGUUCCUCUAAGCCCACAGCCACCAUAUCACCAAACUUAAAAACUUCUGGCUGUAAUAAAGCUGAGAUCUAUAACAAUCUUCUAUUAGCCUUUGUGCCACCAGCUAAGUGUGUUGGUAUCAAAUUAGACUAUGGAAAGCCCGAAUCUUUUACAAGCACUGCUGAACGUGCUAAAUGGGAAGAAAAUUCUCGGAAAGAAGCAGAAGAUUUGAAGGAGAAAUUGGAAAUAGGUCAAAUAAAACUGGAAACGGUGAAAGAUCGUGUGAUUGUAAACCCGCCACGAUCGAAAAUUCAUCAAGAUGCUGCAAAUAGAUUUACCAAUCAAAUGAUUGAGCAGGAAGACGCACUUUUCAUCGAAAGGGACUUUAUACAAAUGUCGCAACAAUUACGCGAAAGCUUAGGUCUGAAAAGCGCAGAUGUGGAGCGAUGCGUUGAUUUGCUUAAGCAGUAUAAAGAUUUCGAACUAACGCAGUUAAUGUUAUUGCGAAAUCCCGAUUGUGUUGAUAUCAUUAGACGCUUACGACGGUAUGUUGGCAAUUUAAAAGAAUGGUCUUUAAGUAAUGAGGAAGAAAAUGAAUUUAGAGCAAAAGCAGAGAUCAUUCGCAAUGAAGCUGUAUAUAUUUACAAUUACUUUAAAAAAUUAUUUGAAAUUCCAACGGAUCAACAAUUCUGGGAGCCUUUCUGUGAUCAAGUAAAAACCUAUAAGGAGUGCACAAAACAUAUUAGUGAACAAAAUCGCAUCACAAUGAGCGAGAAAACUUAUAUAAGUAUUCGUUCUAAUUUCGAUAAAGAUGAGAAGUAUGUCCAAGGGAAAGGGCCAGACCCUAAAGACGAUGUCGAAAAGAAAAGCAUAACCGAAGAUAACCAAGGAGAUGAUGGUGAGAAACCAUCUAUGUUAUUCCCUGAAAAUGAUGGCGUAGAAAUGGAUGAUGCCACUGAGGGCACAGUACUUGAAUCCAAUCGUUCUUAAGUUUUCUUCUGCUCUGAAAAAAAUAUCUUAUUACUGAUGAAUUGGUCUUUACAUUGUUGGAUAUCUAUUUAUAAAAAAAAUAUUCAUAAAUCUGUACUGUAUACAUUACUGUGUAUAUGAUUCAAAAGAUUACUAUCCCGAUUUUUAUUCCAAGUAUAAUAUAUAUGGCGUCCCUAUGGAUGCAUAAAUAUAA